CGUGGCAAAACAACAAAGACACCGAGAGAGUGUGCUCUUUUCACUUGUCAGGUAGUAGAAGAAGAACUAGCAGCAGCAUCAUUGCAUCAAUGGUGAGAUUGAAGUAAAGAAGAGAAGAGAAGAGAAGAGAAGAGAAGAGAGUGAUAGAUCGGAAGCAAAAGGAUGAUAUCUCAGUUGUUCGUGCUUUCUCAACGAGGCGAUAACAUCGUCUUCCGUGACUAUCGCCGUGAUGUUCACAAAGCGAGCGCCGAGACAUUUUUCCGCAAAGUCAAGUUCUGGAACGACGAUGGUGAAGAAGAUGCUCCACCUGUCUUUAACGUGGAUGGAGUGAACUACUUCCAUGUGAAGGUUGCCGGGUUGUUGUUUGUUGCUACAAACAGGGUCAAUGUAUCCCCCUCUCUUGUCUUGGAGCUCUUGCAGCGGAUCGCUCGUCUCAUCAAGGAUUACCUUGGCGUUCUUAAUGAAGAUUCGUUGCGGAAGAAUUUCGUGCUUGUCUAUGAAUUGCUGGAUGAAGUCAUUGAUUUUGGUUAUGCACAAACAACUUCCACGGAGCUUUUGAAAUCUUAUAUUUUCAAUGAGCCAAUUAUGAUUGAUUCUGCAGUGAUGCCUCCCCUUGGUGCUGCAUCCAUUUUUGUGAAAGGGAACAAACGAAUGCCAGGCACAGUUAUUACAAAGUCUGUUGUUGCUAAUGAACCUGGUGGUAGAAAGAGGGAGGAGAUUUUUGUUGACGUAAUCGAGAAAAUAAGUGUCACAUUCAACUCUAGCGGAUAUAUACUCACUAGUGAGAUAGACGGCACCAUUCAAAUGAAGAGUUACCUUACGGGUAACCCAGAGAUUCGGCUUGCUCUCAAUGAGGACCUGAGUAUAGGAAGAAGUGUUUUGCCACCGUUAACAGAUUAUGCAAGUUCCACUGCAGUGAUUCUAGACGAUUGUAACUUCCAUGAGUCUGUACACCUUGAUAGUUUUGAUACUGACCGAACCUUGUCAUUGGUUCCACCAGACGGGGAAUUCCCGGUCAUGAAUUAUCGAAUGACUCAACCGUUUAAGCCUCCAUUUCGUAUUAAUGCAUUGCUUGAAGAAACAGGACCCCUGAAAGCCGAAGUGAUAAUUAAAGUUUGUGCUGACUUCAACCCAAGUAUCAAUGCUAACACAGUUCUUGUACAGAUGCCAGUGCCAAAAUUUACCAAUCGAGUUAAUUUUGAGUUGGAUCAUGAAUCAGUUGGGAACACAACUGACUUCAAGGAAGCAAAUAAGAGACUAGAGUGGAGCAUAAAAAAGGUUGUCGGCGGAGCGGAACUUACUUUACGAGCAAAACUAACUUUUUCACAGGAGUUACUUGGCAAUAUCAUGAAGGAGGCAGGGCCUGUUAGCAUGACCUUUGAUAUACCAAUGUAUCAUGCUUCAAGGCUUCAGGUGAAGUAUUUGCAAAUAGCAAAGAAAUCAAAGGCACAUAAUCCAUAUAGAUGGGUUAGAUAUGUGACCCAAGCAAACUCAUAUGUUGCCCGCUUGUAAUUGGUAAUAGUUACCAUAAAGACAAAUAAUGCUUUAUGUAUUCAUUGAAAAUUGUCUUCAACUUCUUGUAACUUUUGUAUGUAAAAUGAGGAUAUAUAAUGCUAAUUAUCUUUAGACCAGAAAA